AUGUACACUCUUUUCAGGUGUUCCAAAGUCCUGUUUCUAUUGAUGUUUUUCAGGUUAAGGAAAAUGUCCACAGCUGAAGGAAAAGGUGAAAUUCUUCCUCCAACUAUACAGAAAAUAAUGAAGGGAUACAACAAGUACCUACGUCCAUUUUUUGAUAACGGUCCUGUCUCAGUAGGAAUGAGUAUGGAUAUAGCAAGCAUUGAUACAAUAUCAGAAAUAAACAUGGAUUACACAGCUACCAUAUUUCUUAGACAAAGAUGGACUGAUGAACGACUUUGUUUUGAGGGUAAUAAGAGUUUAAGUUUAGAUGGUCGUCUUGUAGAAAUGCUUUGGGUACCAGACACCUUCAUAGUAGACUCAAAGAAAUCUUUUCUUCAUGAUAUCACUGUUGAAAAUCGUCUAAUAAGGAUAUAUCCCAAUGGAACAAUCCUUUAUGCCAUACGGAUAACUGCAACUGUUGCAUGUAAUAUGGAUUUGACCAAAUGCCCUAUGGACAAGCAGACAUGUACCUUGCAACUGGAAAGCUGGGGCUAUAAUAUCAAUGAUGUCCAGUUUUACUGGACCAGAGGAAAUGAUUCAGUUCGAGGCUUGGAGACACUCCGGUUGGCACAAUAUGCAGUAGAAGAUCAUUUUACUUCAGUAUCUGAAGCAGUCUAUGAAACAGGACGCUAUCCAAAGUUAGUAUUCCAUUUUGAGCUCAAGAGGAACAUCUUGUAUUUCAUACUAGAGACAUAUGUGCCAUCCAUCUUGCUAGUUGUACUCUCCUGGGUAUCAUUCUGGAUAAGCCAAUCAUCAGUUCCAGCCAGAAUCUGCAUAGGUGUCACAACAGUGCUUACCAUGACAACUCUCAUGAUGGGAGCCAGGACUUCACUUCCUAAUGCUAACUGCUUCAUAAAGGCAAUUGAUGUAUACCUUGGUAUUUGUUUUAGUUUCAUCUUUGGGGCUUUGUUGGAGUAUGCUGUGGCUCAUUUCUGCACUCUUCAUCGUUCCAAUUUGAGGGUACUCACAAAGGAUGAGGAAAAAGAGGUUGAAGAAGAGCUUAAUGGAGUACUGGCAACAAUUGCAAACAGUUGUAAUGUCUCUGACAAGAUUAACAAGGUUGAUUCAAAGAAAAACAUCAAUACCAACAGUAACAGAAAAGACGAGAAAAGUAAACACGGUGGGUGUAGUUCACCAAUGACAGUGAUGAAAAGACUCUUCUGUAUCUCUGACUGUUUCUAUGUUUAA